CCUAGUCAAUAGAUGACGCAAAAUUUGCUACCAUCUCUCUUGUAGGAGGUAUAUGACAAGCCGUAAGCUGUUCUAUAUACUGUACAAGCUCCAGCUCCUAAUGUGGGUUGAGUGUUUGUUGGCUGAUUUUCUUGGUCUCUGGGUCAGCCUGAACCUGCUUGUGUUUUUGCAACAGCGUUGAGCAAUCAACCCCAUGUUUUUCUGCAAUCUUUGUAUACACAAGUUGCCCACCUGGCUUCAAAUCUUCGAUUUCUUCAAGCGCUUCUUUGAUAUCUGUCAUGGUUGUAGAGUUGUGACGUGUUGAAGUAUGGGUGCUGUUUUGAUGAUCGGGCGCCACGCGCACGGACACGGUAGCUGGGAAACGUGACUACGCGACGCGAUUUUCGGCCUUCCAGCUCGAGCUUCCGCCACAACGCGUUCUCGAGGUCGACAUCUCAAUCCGCCACGAUGAACCUGGAACAGUCGUUAGGAGGGACUGCAAACACUGUUAAGUUCGACUUGAGAAGGGCUCGAACUACUUAUCUUGUCCGGAGAUUCAAUCGCAUCGUAUUCACGACGAAAUUCCAGCAAGGCGACCAUGAGCUCGGACAGAUCACUUUGGGGUUUGGAGGUGCGAAGCUACAAGCUGUGGAGAAAUUGUACAUCCUACCUGGCCAUUCGCGAGCCCCUCUGAACGCUUUGGUGGCGACAGACCCGCGAGGGGACAAGUACGAACUCGAGCCAGCUUCUGACGGACACUCUGAGAUUAUCGUUUUGAGGCAUGGAGACGUUAUCACUGCUCCGAACGCCAUUGACAGCGUGAGAUGCACGUGGCAAGCACCGGAAGUACAAGUCAAUUCAUCAGCUGAGCUUGUACAUGAUGAGACCUCUGGUGAAAAGAACGGCGUUGACGAAACGCCCGAAGACGAGACUGAGGAUGAAGCCGCUCCAGGCAACACAAUCACCGAGGUUCCUGUAACGCAACCUAUCACUCAGCCAACAAAAUCGCAACCAUCUGCUACACCACACUUACCUACACACCACUCUGUUCUCGUGCAAGAGACCCCAACAACCCAGCGUAUGGUAGGAAUGGCCGAGUACGAGGUUGCGCUCUCGAACGAGGACCGGCACGUAAUGCCAACCCCUCCACCUCAGGGGGCGAUCGGUAUCACAGAGACUUCUUCUAUAGCUCACACUGGCCAGUCACCGAAGAGCAUUGCGCAUGACUCUAUCGAUGUUGAACCUGCCACAGAUCGAAAGCUACCGCAGAGCUUGCCUGAAGUCAGAGCCAGUGGCCGGCGCACAAGGAAAUGCCCAAGCCCUGCUGCCACAGAGGAACCUACAGCUAAACGCAUGAAGAAUGUUGCGUCCAUCAAGGAUGCUCGAGGCGACACCAUGCAGCCUAGGCCUUUGGACGACAUCAAUGCCGAUCCUUUACGCACCAUCUAUUCGGCGAAGGGAAAGAAGCGCUUCCAAGAGAUCACAGAGACAACACCCACAAAGUCAUCGAGAAGCUCGCAGCGUUCUGCGACGGCUACGACAGUUGCCGCAUAUGAAGGUGAACCUCCUCGAGUCGCUACCAGUAACUCGGCCAUCAAGGAUGGAAGUUUAACUGUGAAGUUUCUCCGAAAGCAUGGAGGCACACUUGUUGCUUCUGUCGAGGACAAGUGCAACGUUCUGUGCGUGCGAGACGGUGGCCUAGCCAAGACUAUGAAAGUCAUUCAGGCGGUGGCUCUCGGUGUUCCCAUCGUGACCGACAAAUGGCUGGUCGAAUCUGCUAGGGCCGAAGGUUUCCUUGACCUAUCAUCGUUCAAACCAUCGGUUACUCAACAAGAGAAGGAGUGGGGAUUCAAUUUCGAGAAAGUAUGGGGCGUAGCGCAGACUCCAUUCAAGGGCUACGCCGUCUACUUCACCCCGACCCUCAAGAAGACGUACACAAACUUCCGUGAGAUGGACCGAGUAUGCCAGACAGUUGGUGCGAAGGUCACAGCCAAGCGGACCGGCAAGAACGAUAAGGUUAUCGUGCUUGCGACGGAAGAGGGCGAUCCGGAUGCAGAGAAGAUGAUUGAGGACGGCGAGAUCUGCUAUCAUAAGGACCUGCUAACAACUAGCAUCCUCCGUGGUACCCUCGACCUCGACAGCGACGAGUUCAAGAUCAAAGCGAGGCAUGCCGGGCCAUUAAGGAGGAAAGGGCCCAGAAAGAGCACUUGACACAAUCUACCGCUUU